UAUCAUAAAGCAUUGAGCCGAGUGCGCAUGUCCGACCUUCGUCCGCCAUCUUCACUGUGUCCAGAGAAGCGUACUUCACUUUCUCCGCUGAAUUUUCACGUUUUGGAGCCCCCACCAUGGCAGAUGUACCGGCAGGCAGGCUCCCCAAGCCCCAGAUGCGGGGACUCCUCAUCAGUCACCUCAAGAAGCACAGCGCCAUCGCCCUCGUCUUCGCCAUGGGCGUCACGCUGGCGUACAAGUUCGCCGUCGCAGAUCCACGUAAGCGGAAUUAUGAGGAGUUCUAUAAGAACUAUGAUGUGAAGAGGGAGUUUGAGGCCAUGAAGGAGGCUGGCGUGUUCCACUCCGCUCGGCCCAGCUGGGAAAGCUCGGACGACUAACCCCACAUCUGUCGCUAUAGAACUGUCACUGUAGCUUGUGAAGAGGAUUGAUUGAUUCUGCUCCAUCCAGGAGAUUGUACAAGAUGUAAAACAUGUUUGUCCUCCAGAUUUUAUGUCAUUUACAAAGUAACACUAUACAUUGUAGCCCUGACACUGAAUAAAGAAUCUCAUAGUGUGUAAAUUU